CUUUCCUUACCUGGUUUGACCAAUUUUAGACCAGGAAUUUAUCUUUUGAUUCAGGCAGGGCUUGCGAAACAGAGAAAGGGUGUAGUUGGUGCACGAAGAUCCGGCGUGGUCACGGCGCUUGGGAAGACGACAGCCGCGCGUUCGUGUUCGCGCUCUUUCCUCGCUUCAAAUACGCACUCCCUGUCCAGCACACCGUUUCGUCCACCGAAUCAUCAUCAAACAUGCAACAAGACUCGCCUUUGUCUUUAGCACAUUCUAAUACAGCCUCGCCGUCCGCGAAUGAACAGGACGGGCAUAAUGAGAGGAAGAUCACGAGACGCUCACAUCGCAAAUCGCGCGCUGGCUGCAAGAACUGCAAGACUCGCCGCAUUAAGUGUGACGAGAAGAAGCCAGAAUGUGGGAAUUGCAAACGUCGACAGGUUAUCUGUGACUUUAUAAGCCCUCCAGCAGGCUCGCCGUCACUUGCUAGCAGCGGCAACCACGCCAGUUCCGAGGGAUUGCCACUAUCUGAGAUCGAGCUUACCUACCACUACACAACUUCGACAUGCUUCUCGGUCUCACCUUGGAUGACUUCAGGCACUACUUGGCAGACCCAGAUGGCCGAAAUAGGCUUUGAAAACCCUUACGUCUUGCACCUGAUGCUUGCACUUACCGCGCUGCAUCUGGCGCACUGUCGACCCAGUCAACGUGAGCAAUAUACUGCUACAGCCGACCACCACUACGAGCGCGCGCUUGUGUUGGUAACACCGAGCAUUGCUAAUUUGAGUCCAAGCAACUGCGAUGCCGUGCUCGUCGCUGUACAAAUGAUCUGCUUCAUCAGCUGGGGUCGUGGUCCGCAACCUGGUGAAUACCUCGCUUUUGGACGGGACCAGAGAUCGGACUGGCUGAUGAUGUUCCGUGGUAUAAGAACAACACUUGCGAGCAUUGAACGCCCGCAGUUCGUCAAAACUCAUGCCCCUGCAACAAAAGCCAAGGGUCGCCCCUUACCAGCUCAGGAGGCACCUGAAGAGUAUGAGAAGCAACUUGACGAUCUACGGAAGCAUGUGGAUUUUUUGACAAAGGACACUCCCAGUCAUGAAGAUGACUUGAAUGCCGUCGACAUUCUUAGGGAGAUGUAUGAUAAUCGAUACAAAGGUGUUGACGGAGAGUACCAUGUGGCCUUCGGGUGGCUUUUCCGGAUGUCAGACGACUUUCUUGAGCGCCUGCAGCAGCGCGACCCAAUUCCGAUGAUUAUCUACGCACAUUUCGUAGUUUUGAUCCGCGUCCUGGAGCAAUUCUGGUAUAUGCAAGGAUGGACACACCACGUAAUGAGCGGUAUCUGGGACUUGAUGCCCCGUGAGCAUAGACCGUGGUUGGAUUGGCCUAUUAAAAGAGUCGGAUGGAUCAAGUCUUGAGGAUACAGUGCUUUCGUCACAAGAACACUAUCUCAGAGACCACCGCUUUCGCCUUCACAACGAGAGCAUUACACCUGCCGCUAGGCCGCGCACAUUUCUCCCACCGGGGAGAACGCAGACGAGCUCAGGACCAAAGCCGA